GCACAUCAGCCAAAUCUGGACUUUUUAAAGACAAAUGUUGAUGCUUUUACUCUGAAGGAAGAAAACCACUGAGUGUCUGCUGCUGCUGCUCUGGUUUAUGAUGACUGAUCUGUGGAGUUGAUCGACUCUGGUAGAAAAGAAGAUUCGAUGAUUGUUCAGAGCGAGACCAGAUGUGAUUCUGGUGGUUUUGUCCCCGGACCCUCUGUGAGAUGUCCUGCUGACCUUUGACCCCUCAUCAUGGACGCCCGUCUGCAGGCCAACCCUCAGCUCCACUACGGGGUCAACGGGGGCGCCGGCAGGAGCUCCAGACCAGGGAGAGACGAUGCACUGCAGUUUCUGAGCCAGGAGGAGCAGGAGUGCCUUCAGUUCUUCGAGGAGACCAUUGAGUCGCUGGAGGACAGUCUGGAGGACAGCGACCGGAGGAGGCCCCCGCCAAGCAGCAGCCGUCCGGUCGAAACAGUCGAUGGGUCCGCAAACUCGAACGCCAUUGUGUCCUCCCUCGUGGGCAGACAUCCCGGUCCCAAAGACCAGGAUAUUAUAGACCUGGUCCGCCCACAACCGGACUUGGUGCAGACCAGAGAGCCGAUCUCCAGCCCAGACUUCCAGAGUAUGGUGCAGACAGCUGAAAGCCACUUUGAGUUAAAGCCACAGCGUGAUCGGAUGGACAGCUUGCCUUCAGAGUACAACCCUCCGCUACCGAGUGGCAGCUACGGGCCGACAGACAGCCACUCCACCUACCACCCUCCAGGCUGUAUCCCCACUCCGGUCCUGAUUGCCCAGCAGAUAGCAGAUAACCAGGCAGGUGGAACCUCCAACAUCCAUCCCUCCUCCAUGCUUCGUCGUUCCAGCCUGGACUCGCCAACCCACAGCGGCGAUCAUCCCUUCAAACAUGGCCCUCCUACCUCUGCUAAGCCGAACCGAUAUCCUGCUAACAUCAGCGUCAUCCUCGGCAACAAGGAGCACCAGAAUCAGUCGCUGGCUAACGUGCACAUCCACGAGAGGCGGGCGCAGAUGCUGGCGAACCUAACAGGAACGUCGCACCCUCUGGUGCAGGAAGAACCUCAGCUGGCUGCGGAGCAGAAGCCUCGAAACACUCCGACUCGCAGCAUUUCCUUCAAGGACCCCGCACCAGACAAAUCCAGGAUGGAGGCCUUGUCUAAGCUGGGCCUGACCAGGAACCGAGCCAUGUCCGGAGGUAUGUCGCUACUCGCAGUCCCUGACAGCACCGCUCUGGAGCCUCUCACAGGUGCAGAAACCAGUGCCAAAACUCUGGAGACCAGAAGUCCCCCACCAACAGAAACUAGCAUCAAAUUGCCAGAAGCUGAUGUUACAGCACCACGUCAGAGCCAGAUUCAUGUCGACAGGAAACCAGAGAUUCAGCGAUCUGAUUCUCUAAAGAGGUAUGAUGAAAGACACCAACAACUGAGGGACUUUCCUCCACCUGUUUCAUACAGCAGCUACUAUCCACCUCCACUGGACACCAAGGCAUCUUACCCCCCUCCGCCUGAGGUCACCUCGCUGGAAUCAAACAGCUACGGAGGGAAGUCUAUCAUCGUCCACCCUUCUGUUUCCCCCAGGAGCCCACCUGCGACUUCUCCAACCAGCCCUGAACCCAAAGGCCUCCCACCUGCGCUGGCUAACCCCACCGAGUUCAACAGCUACGGAGGAAAGACCAAAGUCAUGACCCCGGCGGUGGUACCCGAGCCCAGGAGUGACCUUCCCGACAUUCUUAGUUCCCAUAUCGACAAGAGUCGAUCCUUGCCCGCCAGAUCAGAGCCGCUCCCCACUGAGCUUAACAGUUACGGAGGAAAGAGCCGAACCUUCCACCCCUCCACCGGGUUAAAUCGCCCUUCAGACGCCACGGCAAAGAGUUUCAAAGCUCCAGCCCCAGCCCCGGCCCCAAGACCUCCUCGGCACUCCUACCACGGCGUUGUUUCUACCCCGAAACCAGCACCACGAGCCUUAUCCCCUGAACACAAGCGGAGACCCAGCUCCAUGUUUCGUCCUCAAGGCAUCACCGUGCAGUUUUCUGGACGGGGGGCGACGGACGAAUCGCGCAGGGAGGCGUUGAGGAAGCUGGGGCUGCUGAAAGAGUCUUGAUAAACUCUGGGAGAAUGAAUUCUUCAGCCUCCACCUGUUGAGCCUGAAUCUCUGACUGUGUACCAGCUGGUGGAGGUGGAAUGCUAGAAGUUUCUCUAUGCAUGUCUUGAGUUUGAGGUGUGGUUGAAGAGAAACCUACCUUUACACAGGAAUGGAGCCAGAUCAUACAAAAGACCUGCACAGCCAGUUCUCAAUUCCUCGCCAGCUAGUGACACGGUGCAGCUGCUGCACACUUGACACUGUUUCAAUGACAAAACUCUUGACAGAUAAACUGCUCUAUGUUGCCUCUGAUCCAAGAUAUCCUAUACCUCUGCACGGACGAACUGAACCUGGAAAGAGAAGCGUGAAUCAAAUAUAUUGUGGAUGCCCGUUUCACCUUUGUUUGUCAUGAACGAGGCAGAUUGUGAAUAGCCCCCUUUUUUAAACCUGGGUCCCAUUUCCUAAAAACGUCUUUAAUAGGCUGGAGACAUUAUAUAUAUUUUUGAUUGUCAAUGCAUCCCAUAAAAGACCAAAACCAAUGUGGCACACCCCAAAUCCACUGGUUCCUACUUAAAGACGUAAAUCUUUAAAAGCACCUCACAUAUAGAUUAUUUCAUCUUUAAAAAGGGCUUUUUCAAAGGCUAGGCAAUGUAAACUUUACCAAAUGUUACUAAAACAAGAUAAAUAGUGGAUUUCCUAGGGACUUUUGUUUUUCAACAGUGGAUUAAAUCACAUUUAAUAUUCUAGAGACAGAAGAUGCUCUUUGAAAAGGAGACCCAGGUUCAAGGUUAAAUAGAUUUUUUAGUUUUUGUGUCAAAAAUGAAAGGGUACCUGCGCCACAGAUUCUCCAAAGCCCACCAGGCCUCAGGUACGCUAUGGGGCAGUUAAUUUGUGGUAAUUUUUGUCUAAAACGACGCCUUAAUUUUAAGGCCUUGUUCUGUUGCAGGGCCUUCUGUCCAAAUCUAGCUUUAAUACCAUUAUUAUUUGAGUAUUUAAAUAAGUUUGUGCUUAAAAUUGCCACAGACUAACUGACAAAUUUGGGAUAUGUUCGCCGCCCAGAUUAAGACAGUUUCUGGGUAAAUGCAUGGCAAUAUAUGGCCAGGUCUAAUUAAUAUACAUGCAACAUAUUCUCAUGAAACAGUUUGUAUGAUUUCUUAUGAAAAUUUCUGCACCGUUUGUGACAGAAUAUGAAGACCGCUGUUCUAGACUAGAUCACAAUUGUUUUACAUGUGUUUUAAACACAUUGUUAAUGCUAUAAAAUGGUUAGAUCUAGGCACCAAAACUACUUUCUUUAGGUUAUUGAACAAAACCACUUCCCUAAGGUUAGGAAAAGAGAAAAGGUUUGGCUUAAGAGACAUCAGGACACAAAAACUGGUCCACUGGUUGAAACAGCAGAGUCUAGGUCGUCAACGCAAAGACAGGCAACCAUUAAACUUUUUGGGAUGCCUACCAAUUCCAGUAAAUUACUUUUCAUAGGAAAUCAUACGAACCAUUCAUGAAAAGGAAAAAUGGGGGGUCAGUGGGGGCUCACUGCUCAGUUUUGCCCCUGAGCCCUUAAAGCAGGUUGAUCUGGCCCUGCACCUGCAAGAAAAUACAGCAAUAAUACAACAAUUCACCCUUAAUUAGCACCCAGUUAUGCACAAGAGUAAUUUAUGUAU